AAACACGGAAGAGAAAAGAGUUCAUUCAAGGCGGUCCGGGGAUCCGCGCGGACAAACACACACACACGUACACGAGUUUCCCCCGGUAAACAUGCUCCCGUGACGCUUCUCCAAUGUGCCUUCGCGUUUUACUCUCAUUCACUGCGGAUUUAAGUGGAAAUGUCUGGACACACCGUUCUGUAUGGACUGAUUCUCUUAUAUUCAAUUCACCCGCUCGUGCUCGCCGAGAAACCGGACGAUGGCUGUGGUCAUUAUGUUUUGGGACAAGAGAGUGGUGUUCUGUCCUCCAAAAAUUACCCAGGAACGUAUCCCAACAAUUCCUGGUGUGAAUGGCGGAUCCGUGUACCCAUCGGCCACACAAUCAUCCUCAAGUUUGGAGACCUGGACAUGAAGAAGAGGGACUGUGAGUCGGACUAUUUAAAGGUUUUGAAGGGAUCCUAUGGUUCAGAAAAUGUGUACUGGGAGUACUGUGGUGAUCCAAUGCCCAAGCCCUCACAGCUUCACACAGACUCCAAUGAGCUGACCAUUCGCUUUCGCAGCAGCCAACACAUCACUGGAAGAGGAUUCCUGCUUUCCUACUCCACAGAAAACCACAAAGAACUGCUGACAUGCUUGGACAGAGGCAGUCAUUUUACAACAGCAAAAUACAGGAAGUACUGUCCGGCCGGGUGCGCAGCGCUGGCGGGAGAAGUGUCUGGGGACAUUUCCCUGGGCUACAGACAUAAUUCAGUUUUGUGUAAAGCAGCGGUGCAUGCUGGGGUCAUCAUGGACCAGUUUGGAGGACCAAUCACGGUGGAGAAUCGUAGAGGGCUCAGUUACUACCCUGCGGUCAGAGCCAAUGGCAUCCAGUCAAAAGAUGGCUCAUUGUCUGAAACCCUCUUCACAUUCGUGACCAACAACUGCAGCCAACAGACUGCUCUUCAACCUGCAUUGAUUACUACAAGUUUGUCAACGCACAAUGUCUCCUCUGAUGGGUCUGAAGUCGACUGGCUCCCUAACAGCACCCGUAUUUCUGAAGACCUGAGCAAUAAACAUCUACUGUGGCUGCAGAUUGACCUGGGAGAAAAGAGGAGGAUCACAGGUAUUCUGACCACAGGCUUGACCAUCGCAGGCUUUGAAUAUUUUGUGAAGAAUUUCAAGAUCGAGUACAAAGAGAGGAAUCGCUGGCGGACAUUUGUCCAGUAUAAUAACUCUGAUGAGAUGGUUUUUGAAGGAAACACUAACAGCCUCCACCAAACGCGCAACACCUUCCAUCCCUCCAUCAUAUCGCGAUACAUCCGAGUCGUACCCCAACAGUGGCACCGGACGAUUGCCAUGAGACUGCAGCUACUGGGCUGCUCUUACGUCAAACCCAUUCCAGUGAAUGCAUCAUCUCAGGUGACGCAGGAGGCUCAGCCUACACAGCCCAUUCACAACAUGACCAAACCUGUGGCCUCGCAGGCAGAUUUUGUUAAUCUGAUUGUAAUAAUUGUGCCCACCAUUCUGCUUGUGGUUCUGCUCCUGGUGGCAGUCUGUGUAGUUAAAAUGCUGCAUAGUAAGAAGACAAAGGAGAACACGUACGACUCUGCGGACACACAUCAUACAGGUUGCUGGCGACAGAUAAAACAGCCGUUUACCAGACACCAGUCUACUGAGUUCACCAUCAAAUACAGCUCUGAGAAAGACCCCAUACAGAAGCUGGACCUGGUGACCAGUGCAAUGGCAGAGUACCAACAACCACUGAUGCUCGGCACGGACACAGUGUCCCGAAAAGGCUCAACGUUCAGACCGAUGGACACCGAAACUAAAGACAUGGAAAGUUCUCACUAUGACCACCUGCAGACAGGCAUCCAGUACGCCUUGCCACUGACCAAUCAGGAGCCUGAAUAUGCCACACCCAUAAUCGAGCGCCACGCCUUCCGCAAAGACCCCUUCAUCCCUGACGCUAGCUAUAGUGUGCCAGGAGUGGUGCUAAACAAAAGCCCAUCGUUUCGGGCAGUCGAAGGCGGGAACUGUAGGAAAGUGAUUGGAGGGCUGGCCGGGGGCUACCAAACACCUCAAGUAAAGCCGGAUCGAGGGAAUUCCCCAGAGGACAUCUAUGAUAGCCCUAAAAUCCGCAAAGCUGUUGUCCUGAAUGGCCCUGAAUAUCAGAGACCCCAGAUUAAAUCUCAGGAUCAGGAGUGUUACUCAACUCCCAGAGAUUGUGUUAGAUUGCCUUUCUCCGGAUUGAGACCAGAUCCCGAAGGAAGCCGGUCUGAGCCUGAAGGCAGCAGCUCUGAUGGAAGCUGAGAUGAGUUUUACUGCCUUUUAAUGUACCUGACUCAACAAAAUCACCUCUUCGUAACUUAUUUGAGUAUUAGCGACAUGUUUUUUAGUAAGUUCGCAGGAAAGGACUGUGGAGGCCAAAAUUGGUUUGUUGUAAUUUAAUGGUUUUUAUAUGAGAUUUUCUUUUUUUUUUGUCUUGAUGAAUCAAUAUUUUUUAAAUUGUGCUGUUUAUUUUAUUAUUAAUAUGCAGUUUGUUUGCACGAUGCAUAUGUUCUCUACUCGAACGCAAACUGUGAAUACGAGAUAUAUUUGAAUGCUUUUACAUCAUCGUUUCAGACUCUGAAUAUGCUUAAAGGGAUAGUUCACCCAAAACUGAGCAUUCUGCCAUCAUUUAUUGAUCCUUCACUCAUUCCAAACCUGUUUGAGAUUCAUUGAACACAAAAGAAGAUAUUUUGAAGAAUGUUGGAAACCUGUAACCAUUGAAUUCCAUAGUAUUUGUUUUUCUACUAUGGAAGUCAAUGGUUACAGGUUAUCUUUCUCGCGUUCUAAAAUGGUUUGAGAUUCAUUGAACACAAAAGAAGAUAGUUUGAAGAAUGCUGGAAAUCUGUUAACCGUUGACUUCCAUGGUAGAAAAACAAAUAUUAUGAAAGUCAAUGGUAACAGGGAAUCCUUCACUCGUCCAA